UGUCUUUUGAAAUCGCGUAUUUUGUAGAAUGCUUAGGGUGGUGACUUUUUGGCCUAAAAAGAAUGAGUAGUACUUGAGGACUAGGGGUAUCUUUUUCUGAAAGGACCUGGUUUUGGGCCAGAGGAUCGUGGAGUGGCCGCAUCCCUGUGCGUUCGCGCGGCUCACGCCUUGGCAUGGAGUUCGCUGACUACAUCCGCACGCCUAAGUGUGACCGGGUGGUGUUGCACCAGCCACUAUGUGCACCAAUGGAUGGUACGCUCUGCCUCACUGGCCACCACUUCAUCUUCUCCUCACGCCAGAGUGAGGAGGAUGAGGUCUGGGUGCUGCACCGGCUGAUUGACGGUCUGGAUCGGCGGCCAAACGGCAUGAUGGGCGGCUCGCUGUCCGUCAAGUGCAAGGACAUGCGCAUCCUGGUGCUGGACAUUCAUGGCGUGGAGGAGUUCAACAACAUUUCCCACACCCUUGAGGCCCUCUCCAACAUUGACGACAUCCGUCUGGCGUACCCGUUCUUCUUCCGGUCAUCCCCAAGCGUGGAGGACGGCUGGUCAGAGUUUUCCACGGAACACGAGUUCUCCAAGCUGAUCAUGUCUAGCGAGGACUGGCGCAUCAGCCACGUCAACGACGACUUCAAGGUAUGUGAGAGCUACCCGCGCCGCGUGGUGGUGCCCAGCUCGGUGACGGACGACGAGCUCGUGCGUGUGGCGCUCUUCAGGCACGGUGGACGCUUCCCUGUGCUCAGCUACCGGCACCACAAAGGCUCGGUCCUGCUCCGGAGCUCCCAGCCUAUGACGGGCAACCAGCGACGCUGCCGCGAGGACGAGAAGCUCAUCAACGCAGCGCUCGGCAGCGGCGGCCAGAAGGGCUACAUCAUCGACACGCGCACCCAGAACUUGGCCCUUACUGCCAAGAACCGCGGCGGCGGGUUCGAGCCGGAGAGCCACUAUCCGCAGUGGCGGCGCGUGCACAAGCCGAUCGACCGUCACGCGGCGCAGCUCGACUCGCUGCAGCGUCUGGUGGAGGGGCUGAACGAUCAGAACCAGACAGUCGACCGCUGGCUGGGCCGACUCGUCUCCUCCAACUGGAUGUCGCACGUGAAGGACACACUCAAUUGCGCCUGCCUCGUGGCCCAGUGUCUGGACCAGGAGGUGACAUCGGUAUUGGUGCACGGCGCCGACGGCAUGGACUCAACACUGCAAGUCAGCUCGCUGGCACAGCUUAUAUUGAGCCCAGACUGCAGGACCAUCCGAGGGUUCGAGGCGCUGGUGGAGCGGGAGUGGCUGCAGGCCGGGCACCCGUUCACCACGCGCCACCGGCACUCCGUCUAUGCGCCGCCGCUCACGCGCGACCGCGGCCACGGCAUGGCCCCCUCCUUCCUGCUGUUCCUCGACUGCGUCUGGCAGGUCACGCACCAGUUCGUCACGUCCUUCGAGUUCAACGACACGUUCUUGCUCGACCUCUUCCAGCACUCGUACGCUUCCCAAUACGGCACCUUCCUCGGCGACAACGUGUGUGAGCGUGAGCGGGUGCAGUUGCGUGAGCGCACGUGCAGCCUGUGGUCGUACGUGAACCGUCCAGAAGUGCUGCCCCUCUACCUCAACCCGCUGUACGAGCCCAACAAGCAGGUCAUCUGGCCCAGCGUGGCGCCCAUGAGCCUCACCUUGUGGCCGGGCAUGUACCUGCGCUGGUCGGUCGAUCUUACCAGCCAAAACAACGCGCUCAACAGGGCGCACGAGAUUCACGAGGAGCAUGUGAAGCUGAAAGCCAAGGCGUGCAAGCUGCGCCGCCGUCUGCAGGACCUGCAGCAGGAGGCGGUCACCAGGGAUCUGCUGCAGCCAGCCGCCACCCCAGAGGGACUGUGAGCGACACUGCUCGCUGCCACCUCGGAGGGUCUGUGAGCCCCCGCCCCCCCCCCCCCCCCCCCCCCCGCUUGGAGAACCUGUCAAUAGUAUUCCCACUGGAGGGCUUGUGAGCAGCGUCCCAAUCUGGGGAACUGGAGUGUUCCUGCUGUGGAGUCCGCGUGCAAUUUUCCCGUCUGGGGACGUUCUGCGUGGUGUCACUUCUAGAGGGACUCAUUGCGUCCCUCCUAGGGGGACUGUAGGUUAUGUCCACUCAAGGGAGCCUGCUACAGCCGACAGCUGUCUGGUAGAGGCUGUUUUGUGUCGUAAUAGCUGUAGACACACAAACAGCAAGGCGAGGUAUACAAGCAGUCUGGUCCGUUGUGAAAUGCACAACUGUGGGACAGAGUGUCUCUGGUCAGGGCUGGUCUUGGGCUUUGCGGACCCGCCCGAAAUACCACUGAUUCUCGCUAUUUGGUUAUAGUUGUUUUAAGUUUGCGGGACUGCCUGUCGACGCGGUUUUUGAGAGUUGGACGCGUCUUAUUCACGUGAUGGGCUAUUGUCAUCGCCCCGAAGAGCCUGUAAUGGUUUGAGUUCCCAGUUGUCCUGUACUAGGCUGAGUGCUAUGGCGAACGUGUUAAUUUGCCGCUAUCGAAGUGUCUGAGAGAUUUGUCUCUGCUUUCACUGUUCGUGUGCACAGCUUCCCAGAACGCGCGUGACGGCUGUUGUGUAGGCAUGUGUGCACCAUAGCAUAAUAUCUGAAUGGUCUGAUCUCUUGGUAUCGCUUCGCUCUCGAAGUCUCUGUAAGAUCUGCAUAUGUCGGCGUUUCUUCCCGGCGUGCGUUCGUGUCGUGGCAGACUCAUUUGGACCGUGUCUCGAGAGUCCUGCCCCUUGCUGUUUCUUAGUUCGCCGCCGCUUCAGAGAGACAGAUCACUGUACGCGCCUGCUGACAGUGAGCUAGGCCGCGGCAAGCGCGUUAGACGGCGCUACCGGAGUUUUUACGAACCUCCGGGCCGAGGCUUCGUUUCAAGGUACAGCUUGAGUGUUUGCGUCCAGUGUCUGUGCAUAAUCGUUGGCGAGCGUACUUUGAGACCUUUCGCGCUACAUUCCCCACAGCUGUGACGUGCUGGGUGUUGCCGAGGCGCGUCGCCCUCGCCCGGUUCACCCAGCUCAUCCGAGAUGCCAUGGUCUGGUCUUGACUGUCUGGAGACAACUGGUGAAUGGAUCGGUAUUUGGGAAGCGAACUGAACUGGUUUGUAAGGUUUGAACCAACACACUGAGGAAGCCUGUGUAUUGUUGAAAGCUUUUUGCGCAUCUACCUUUUUGCUGUAUUCGACGUGCUAAAUAAAGUUCGUACCGGCAUAACCAUUUAGGAGACACGAAGUUUGACUACCCCGGAACUUGACCACGUCACGCCACAAACGACGGCAAAAUGCCAAUCUAGCUUGGCAGUCCUUCACCGGACCAUCCUUUGGGUGCGAGAGGUACAUUAUGGCAUGGUGAUACCUGGGGUUGUUUGGAUGGGGUUUCACACAUGUUGGAAGGCGUCUACG